UGAAUUCAGGUUUGCAUUACUUACUCGUUUGGUGGUAUGAUAUAAAAUUUAAGUGAUUUUUUAUAAUUUAAACACAGUCCAGUCCAGAUUCUGUACGAUUGGAAUGAAGUACUUGCCAUCUUACAAGCUUUAGUCAUCGAUCGCGUUUGUUUGGUCAGACUAGGACGUAAAUCAUUGUCUUAGCAAUUAACAUCAUUCUGUUACAAAAAUUCGUGAAUCAAUCUCGUACUUUAGUAUCAAUACGUACACAUGGAAAUAUAAGUGCGUUCAUACGUAUUUGGUUGUUUUGUGAGCAUGAAUUGCACAAGAUUUGUAUAAUGCAGACAAGUUAAAUUAUAAAAAACACAAGUACAUACACUUAAAAGUAUGUGAUUUAUAAAAAUUCUGAUACAAUUUUUCCUCAUGGAAGUAUUCUCAUUACAUUUUUGCACAUUAGUAUUUGAUUUUCUCCAGUAAAAUGCAGCACGUCUUUUAUUUCCUCAUCUUCUCUGCACAAUUCCUCUCCGUCCUUGGACAAACUACACCCUCACGGUCCGACUCCUAUGAUGAACUCCAACCUGAAACGAGUGAAGUUAGCGCGUGCCGAUCUCAAUUGUCCAACACAUUUUUUAACCAAGGGAUCCGUCUGGCAAUUGCCACCCUAAAAUCUCGCCUACCCGACGGCAUCCCAGAGUAUGGAAUCCCUCCCUUGGAACCCUUCGUGCUCGAGGACACGUACGAAUUCGAGCUGUCUAAACCUCCCCUUGAAAUGAUCGCGGUUUUGACCAACAUAAAAAUCCGGGGAUUGACUACAUUCACCAAAAACAACUGGUUUAUCGACACUGCCACCAGAAUUCUCGAUAUGGCGAUGGAAAUCCCAAGUCUUCACAUCACUGCGAACUACACCCUGCGCCCGGCAGGACACUUCGGUAACCUGACCAUAUUCCUGGAUCGGGUAACUUUAAAGGCAAAAAUAAAACUGAAGAUCCUCGAUACCACGAAAAACAACGUCGCCAUCAAAGCAGAGCGAGCCUUGGCGGAUUUAAAGUUUGACAAGAUAAGGAUGAAAGCGUCCCCCGUAUUUUUAGGCGACGGAUACGAAGAGAUCAAUCAUGCACUGGAUGUCUUUACGCAACAACAGAGUGAAUUAUUGUACAAGGAAGUUAAACCCUUUGUCAAAAGCGAGGCGGAAAAGAUUAUUCUCAAAAUUGCUGAUGCGGUGUUAAGCAGUUCCACGUUUACGAGGAGGUUACCCACGGAAGGAAUUCUGCCCGGAAUAAAUUUGUCAGCAGUAACGAAUUGGUAUGACCGUGUGAGGAACGCGCUUCGUGUCCAGUUGCCAUCUUCCGUUACCGGGAGUACUUCAUACAAAUCGAUAAAUUCUUUGCUUGAGACCGCAUUCAGAACUUGUCAGUCUUACACGAAUGUUACGGAUCUGUUUACUCAACCAUUUAUUAAUUUCGUGACUCUUCUCGACCAAUGAAUAUUACAUAUUUACAUAAUGUAUGUACAUAUAUAUCAGUAGUUCAGUAUUGAAACCUCAAUCAAGGUUUGUGUGCGACUCUAAUUUUAGAGACAUUUUUUGUCAAAUACAUACAUGCAUACAGAUAUCAUAAUAUAUGCAAUUUCAACUAAUGAAAUUUAAAUAUUUAUGUUUUUGAGGAAUAAAGAUUCUAAAUGUAUUUACAUAAAAAUGAAAAUAAAUAAAUGCAAAUAAGUAAUAUUUA